GCCACCUGCCGCCGCCAGGGGUGUCCAGCGCCGCGCCGCCCGCGCUCCGGCAGCAGCGGCGUGCGGAGCCCGCUGCCGCUGCAGCCACGAGUGCCUCUGUGGCAGCGGGGGGAGGUUCUCGCUGCUGCUCCUCUGGGCUUGCCGCUGCGAGAGUGAGAAGCAGAUCCGGAGGUGUGCGUGCGUGUGCCAGGAGAUGCGGAGCGCGUUUGGCUGAGGUGCCUGGCCCCUGGGAAGCUCUGCGAGAAGAGGCGGAGAGAGGCGGUGGGAAGGAGGCAGGAGCGGCACUGAAGUACAGCACAGCUGUUUCUUUUGGGUGCCUCAGUGAUUGUGAACAUGGAUUCUGUCACCGAAAUCUUCUUGAAGCUGCUCUUUCUCCUGUCUCUUCAUCGCCAGCACAUGGCAGUGGCAGGGAAUAAAUAUAAUUGUGAUGAUCAGCUGGUGUCUGCUUUGCCUCAGUCAUCAUUCAGUAGCUCAUCAGAGCUGUCUAGCAGUCACAGCCCUGGAUUUGCAAGGCUUAAUCGAAGAGAGGGUGCUGGUGGCUGGUCUCCACUUGUGUCCAAUAAAUAUCAAUGGCUUCAGAUUGAUCUUGGUGAAAGAACUGAGAUUACUGCUGUUGCUACUCAAGGUGGUUAUGGGAGCUCAGACUGGGUAACAAGCUACCUUCUGAUGUUCAGUGACAGUGGACAGAAUUGGAAGCAAUAUCGUCAAGAAGAAAGCAUUUGGGCCUUUUCUGGAAACACAAAUGCAGACAGUGUUGUGUACUAUAAGCUUCAGCAUUCUAUUAAAGCAAGAUUUCUCCGUUUUGUGCCUUUGGACUGGAAUCCAAAUGGCAGGAUUGGAAUGCGCAUUGAAGUGUACGGAUGCACAUACAGGUCUGAGGUGGUUGGCUUUGAUGGGAAAAGUUGUCUAAUUUACACAUUAAAUAAAAAACACAUUAAUGCACUGAAAGAUGUGAUUUCUCUGAAGUUUAAGACAAUGCAAAGUGAUGGAAUUCUCCUCCACAGAGAAGGACAAAAUGGAGACCACAUCACCAUGGAAUUAACUAAAGGGAAGCUGUCCCUACUCAUUAAUUUAGGUGAUACUAAAACUCAUCCUUCUAAUGCCCAAAUUAAUAUUACGCUGGGCAGCCUUUUGGAUGAUCAACACUGGCAUUCUGUUCUCAUUGAGCAUUUUAACAAUCAAGUAAACUUUACAGUGGAUAAACACACUCAUCAUUUUCAUGCAAAAGGAGAAUUCAGUUAUUUGGACCUUGAUUAUGAGCUCAGCUUUGGAGGGAUCCCAGUGCCUGGAAAAUCAGGGACAUUAUCACGCAGGAACUUUCACGGCUGUUUUGAAAAUAUUUAUUAUAAUGGAGUGAACAUCAUUGACCUGGCCAGGAGGCAUAAAUCUCAGAUCUACAUUGUGGGCAAUAUGUCCUUCUCAUGUUUAGAGCCACAGGUGGUUCCUGUGACAUUUCUGAGCUCCAGCAGUUUCCUGGCACUGCGAGGCACAUCAGGACAAGAUGAAGUAUUUGUCAGUUUUCAGUUUCGCACUUGGAACAAGGAAGGACUUCUAUUAUCCAGUAAACUGCACCAGUCUUCAGGUGGUUUCCUCUUAUAUCUGAGUGAUGGGAGAGUCAAAAUCAAUCUUCAUAAAACAGGAAGAGUACUGAGUGACAUUGCUGCAGGUGCUGGAUUAAAUAACGGCCAGUGGCAUUCUGUAUCUCUCUCUGUCAAAAGGAAUCGUAUCAGUGUAAGAGUGGACAAUGAUGUGACCUCGUCUGCUCAUGCCUUCAUACCUCUUCAGAUUUAUUCAGAUGUUUUCUACUUUGGAGGUUGUCCUAGCAGUGGAAACAUUUCUGAAUGUAAUACCUCAUUUGGUAGUUUUCAAGGAUGCAUGCGACAUAUUUCCAUUGGUAACAAAGGAGUGGAUAUGAUCUCUAUUCAGCAAAAUGGUUUUGGCAAUUUCAGUGAUCUUCAAAUAGAUUUAUGUGGCAUUACAGACAGGUGUUUGCCUAAUUACUGUGAACAUGGUGGUGAGUGCUCACAGUCCUGGAACAGUUUCCACUGUAACUGUGCCAAUACUGGUUACAAGGGAGCUACUUGUCACUAUCCCAUCUAUGAGCAAUCAUGUGAAGCCUAUAAGCACAGAGGGAACACUUCAGGCUUUUACAAUAUUGACUCAGAUGGAAGUGGCCCCUUGGGACCAUUUCUCGUGUACUGCAAUAUGACAGAUGCAACAUGGACAAUUAUACAGCAUAACAGCACCAACCUAACCAGAGUUAAAAGUGCUAAUCGAGAGAACCCACACACUGUGUUUUUCAAGUAUUCUGCCAGCCUAGACCAGCUUCAGGCUACAAUAAACCUUGCAGAUCACUGUGAACAGGAGCUUGCUUACUACUGCAAAAAGUCAAGGCUUUUAGAUAAGUCAGAUGGGAUGCCACUGAGCUGGUGGAUUGGAAGAACCAAUGAAACUCAUACUUACUGGGGAGGUUCCUUGCCUGCUGUACAAAAAUGUGCUUGUGGACUGGAGGGAAGCUGCAUUGAUUCCCAGCAUUAUUGCAACUGUGAUGCGGACAGGGAUGAAUGGACAAAUGAUACUGGCUUCCUCUCCUACAAGGACCAUCUACCAGUAACUGAAAUUGUGAUCACAGAUACUGACAGACCAAACUCAGAAGCUGCGUACAAACUGGGGCCUUUGCUUUGCCGUGGUGAUAGAACAUUUUGGAAUUCAGCUUCCUUCAACACAGAGACAUCCUACCUGCAUUUCCCCACCUUCCAUGGAGAAUUCAGUGCAGAUGUCUCAUUUUUCUUUAAAACUACUGCAUCCUCAGGAGUGUUUUUAGAGAACCUGGGAAUUCAAGACUUCAUAAGGAUAGAGUUACAGUCUCCUUCUGAAGUGGCUUUUUCAUUUGAUGUGGGAAAUGGACCGAGCGAAGUCAUAGUGCAAUCACACAAUUCCUUAAAUGACAACCAAUGGCAUUAUGUGAAGGCUGAACGAAACGUCAAAGAGGCUUCCUUACAAAUAGAUCAACUUCCUCAGAGAUCUCACAGUGCUCCACCUGAUGGACAUAUUCGCUUGCAACUCAACAGCCAGCUUUUUGUAGGUGGAACAGCAUCCAGGCAAAAAGGAUUUUUGGGAUGCAUUCGUUCAUUACGGUUGAAUGGAAUGGCCCUUGAUCUGGAGGAGAGAGCAAAGAUUACACCAGGAGUUGAACCAGGCUGCCCUGGACAUUGUAGCAGUUAUGGUAACCUGUGCCACAAUGGGGGAAAAUGUAGAGAGAAAUACAGUGGAUUCUCCUGUGACUGCAGUUUCUCAGCCUAUGCUGGUCCAUUCUGUAAGAAAGAGAUCUCUGCUUAUUUUUGGACUGGUACUUCUGUGAUAUACAACUUUCAAGAAUACUACACAUUAGCUAAAAAUUCCACUUCUCAUGCUUCUUCUUUCUAUGCUGACAUGACACUGGCCAGGGAAGCAAUUACAUUUGCCUUUCGAACAACACGGACACCAAGCUUACUGCUCUAUGUCAGCUCUUUCUACAAGGAAUACCUCUCAGUCAUCCUCACCAGGAAUGGAAGUUUACAGAUUAGGUACAAGUUAGAUAGCCAUCAAGAUCCUGAUGUCUUCAGCAUCAGUUUCAAAAGCAUGGCUGAUGGACAACUACAACAUGUGAAGAUUAAUAGAGAGGAGGAAACACUUUUUGUAGAGAAAACAGUGAUGUAG